UACUGCACCAAACCAUGGUAGAGAGAAUUCCGUUAAAAUACACACUUGAGAUAUAUAAUAGUAAAAAGGCUGUCUAUGAUUAUUUUGUCAUUUGAAUUGUUCGGUGCCAGUUGCGUACUGCACAAAUCUUAUCAACAACAAAAGGGUUUUUAAUAAUUAGAGGAAUUCUCUCGUAGGGGAGAGUUGGGUUUAAUUGUAUCCGAGGUACAAUGAAGUGUCACUACGAGGUAUUAGGAGUUGCAAGAAACGCAGCGGACGACGAAAUAAAAAAAUCAUACAGGAAGCUAGCACUGAAAUGGCAUCCGGAUAAGAAUGUUGACAAUCCGGACGAGGCUAAGGAACAGUUCCAGCUUGUGCAGCAAGCGUACGAGAUACUGAGCAAUCCUCAGGAACGUGCUUGGUACGAUCAGCAUCGAGAGGGCAUUUUGAAAGGCGGUCUCGGCACGGAUUAUCAGGACGAUUCCCUCAAUCUUGCACCUUACUUCUCCGAGACGUGUUUCAAGGGUUACGGGGACGAUGAAAAGGGUUUCUAUGCCGUCUAUCGAAACGUUUUCGAAAAACUGACAGCGGAGGACGCGGAGUUCGCCCAAGAUGGCGAUUCCGACGAAGAAAUUCCCUGUUUUGGUAACUCCAAGAGCUCUUACGAGGACGUGGUGCAUAACUUUUACGUUUACUGGCAGAGUUAUUGCACCAAGAAAUCAUACGCCUGGUUAGAUCCCUAUGACAUACGCACGGUGCCGAAUCGGCGAAUACUUAGAAUGGCCGAGAAAGAAAACAAGAAAGUGCGGGACAAGGCGAGGCGCGAGAGAAACGAACAGGUGCGCUCUCUCGUCGCCCACGUUCGCGCAAAGGACAAGAGGGUAAAGGCUCACGCGAAGAUACAGGCCGAAAUUGCUCGCGAGAAACGUUCCGCGGCGUUGCGAAAAUUGGAGGAGCGUAAGAAGGCGCAUCUGCUGGAGAGGCAGAAGUUACUGCGCAAUCACACCGAGUCGGUUUGGUCCAAGUUUUCGAACAUCGAGGCGGAGCUAACGAAUAUCGAGAAGAAUUUGGCGGCGGAAUUCGGCACGGACGACAAGAAAGCGAUUGAAGACGACGACGCUCUCUACUGUAUCGCCUGCAAUAAAGUCUUCAAGACGCAGAAAGCUUUUACGAAUCACGAAAACUCGAAGAAGCACAAGGAGAACGUUAGUAUGAUGAAGGAUUUGUAUGUUGAUGAAGAAAAGUCUGGGGAAAUUUCUGACGAAAGCAACUCGACUACCGGUUCGCUCGAUAAUAAACCUAAUUUGGCAACGGACUCGCAGAUGCCUGAUUUCUUGCUGAAUCCACCUUCUCAGAGCAACGCGAGACAAUCGGACAAUGAGGAUAAUGAAGAAACAUCUCCCGGCGAGCUGGUUUCGGACGACGAGGAAAUCUCGGAAGUUUCUCCAUCAACAAAUAAGAUGAGCAAUGGAAUACCAGGAGUUGCUGUUCCGGAAAUGAAAAGCUUUUCGUUUCCACCCGCGAAAGUAGAAAAUGAAGAUGACGAUUUAACUUCUGAGGACGAAUUAAUAUCGGAUCAGGAUGAAGAAAUUGCAUUGACGGGUCGGCAGAAGAAAAAGAAAAAGAAAAAGCGCAAUAUUCAGAAUCCUGAUCUUGCGUUGGAACGUGACGACGACGAGGAUUCGAUAAGCUUUAACGAGGAGAUGUGGUUGUCCAAGAAACAACGUAAAAAAUUACAGCAGAAGAAGGCCGCGAUUAAUAAACAGCAGCGAAGUAACGAAGAGACGCAGAAUGAAGAACAACAAGAAGAGGCGGACAACGAGAACGAAACGACAGAAGACGCAAGUGUUGCUAAUGAAAAAGUGAAACCUGAGAAAACAAAGAAACGAUCGAAGAAAGAGGGGCGAGAGAAAAAUAAGAGCUCAACUGCGGACGUUAAUAAUUUGGCUCAUUGCUGCGUCACUUGUUCGUUGGAGUUUUCUAGUAAAAAUAAAUUGUUCGAACAUUUAAAGAAAACCGGACACUCUGUGUACAUACCAGAGGUGACGAAAUCUAAAAAGAGUCUGGAAAGAAAGGAAAAGGCAGCUAAAGAAAGAGACAGCUCAGAUAAAAAGAGACGUUGAAGCUAAUUAGUAAAUAUCGAGUUGUAGUUAAAUUAUUUCAAAUACAACAGAGUUUUGCUUGACUUAAAUCAGUGAUUCGGUUUAAUCGGAUUGCUCUCGGCUCGUCUUUUGCGGCCUCAUGUCGUGGUUAUGUCGGCCUCAUGGUAUGUCGGUCACUCGGUAAUUUGUAUAUGUGUGUAUGCGCAGUAUGUGCAAACUAUGUUCUAAUAUAUUCACGCACUUCUAGUACUGCAAAUCUAUAGUUCACGUCACGCGAAUGAUUUUUCUGUGCUGACAGU